GGCUCCUUCGCCAGGGGGCGGCCGGACAGGGCCGGGCCUCGGCACCUCAGCGGCUCCGCGCACGCCCGGCGGAGCCCGGCCCAUGCCGGCAGCGCCCGGCCGAGAAAAUGGCGGCGGCUGCGGGCGCCUUCAGCCUGAGGGAGGUGCUGAGCGCCUUCCAGGCGGCCGUGACGGAGCGCAGGGAGGUGCUGCUCGGCCCCUACCUGCGCGGCUGGCGGGGGCUCGUCCGGUUCCUUAACAGCCUGGGCGCCAUCUUCUCCUUCAUCUCCAAGGACGCCGUGGCUAAAAUACAGAUCAUGGAGAGCUACUGCGGUGGAGAGAGGCGGGAGGAGUACCGCACGCUGCAGUCCAUGGUGGCCUACGAGCUGGCCAGUGGGCUGGUGGACCUCCAGAGGCGGUCGGAACAUCCCGACUCGGGCUGCCGGACCGUGCUGCGCCUGCACAGGGCCCUGCGGUGGCUGCAGCUGUUUCUGGAGGGGCUGAGGACUGCCCAGGAGGACUCCAAGACGUCCACCAUCUGCACGGACUCCUACAAUGCCUCCCUGGCCACCUACCACCCCUGGGUCGUUCGAAAGGCUGCGACGGUGGCCUUCUGCGCGCUGCCCUCGCGGAACGCUUUCCUCGAGAUCAUGAACGUGGGCACCCCCGAGGAAGCCGUCGUCAUGCUGGGCGAUGCCUUGCCCCACAUCUCCAGCGUCUACGGGAUCACCGAGGAGCUCUAUGCCCAUCACAAGCUGCUCAACCUCCCUUGACAGGAGGAGGUUAAGCAGCAAUGCCACAUCCCGACAGAUGAACCACAUAAAAACUUUGUUUUCCUGUGCACAGAAACAUCAGAAUCCCUGCCCCUUGGUCACUCUCCCUUUCCUCUUCCCACAGGGAGCUGACAAAGCUAUUCAGGAUGCCUCAUGUUAUAACAAGACAAAUGCACUAAGAAAUACAUACAUAAGUAUAUAUAUUACUGCCUCAGCUCUACAGGGACGGGGAAAAAAGGUCUAUGCACAUGCUUGAGAGAGUUCCCUUUUCUCCCUGGAUUCACCUUCAGCUCUCCAGCUAGGCUGGAAUGCAGGGCUUUAAUUUAUUUUCAAGCUAAACCAACAGCCUCUGAGCAGUUACAGCCUUUGGUGCUCUCACGAUUAUCGGUGUAACUUCAUUAUAGAAUAUCCAAAUACAUUCACACUACAUGUGACCUCACAUCCUAAAUGGAGGUUUAAUUGCUAUGCUGUGAAAAUUCCCCUUCUGCUAAAACCACCUUAAAAUGAUUACAUGUUUACGUAGGACAAAUCCAUGUAUUAAAAUGAAGCAGUUCCGUGUUGUAAACUACAAAAUACCUCUUGCUGGUCUUUCCUUGCUUUCUGAUAAAGAUGGAGCUGGUAUUUCAUCUGUGUAAUGUAUUAAAUGCCUUAAAUUAUGUCAAAUAAUGUUACGUGUCAAAUGAUGUUUGGUCUCUUGUGGGUUUAGCGCAGAAAUGGUAGUAUGACCACGUGGAAAAAUUACAUUUUCUUCCCUGUCACUUUCAUUCUCAACUAUUCCUCUUGUGAGAUAAAUGUUGACAUUGAAAAUGAACUUUACUUGAAAUUAAAGAACCAAACUUUCUUAGCAGUGAAAAA